AUUCACAACCUCCAUCUGUCUGUCCUCCAGGAGUACUGUUAGUAAAAUGACCUCCCCAAGCCCACUACCUCUUGAUACUAUGGAAAACAUUCGUGAAGCACUAGGAUUUGUACAAGAUCUCAAGUCUGCUGCUAGUAAGAUGACUAUUGAUCAAAUCCAAUCAAAUGGAGAUUGGGAUAUGAAUGACAUUGGUGAAGACUUGAAGACCAAGAAAUCUCAUUCUAAGACUGUCAGACAUACCACCGCUGGUGUGAAAGCUCAACUGCAAGAUCAGCCAUUGAAUGAAGAAAUAGCUGCCUUAAUCCAGCAGCUCAAACUGAAAUAUAUUGUUGAGUUUGACACUAUGCCUGCAGAGUUUAGUGUCAGUAAAGCCCAUGCAAUCCUGGAGGACUAUGACUCAUCAACUGCCAAUGCUAUGUUAUCAUACUUCUCAAGAUUUGCCAUCAACAAACUGGAGAACACAAUACUUGAUUCACUGCCACUGCAUCACAAGCUUGGCACAAAGAUUAUUACCUGGAAAGAACCCAACCACAGUAAUGAUGAAGACUUUGCUCCAAGGAUCAUAACACAGGAAGAUCAGAACUGUAUUGACAGUUUGCCUCAUUUCAUGAUCAUGCGACCUCCUGAUAACCCAUAUCAAACUGGUGAAGUUCAUGUGGAGCGGAAUGUUGGGACUCCUAUCUCUAGCUUGUUUGAGGAGCUCAAUGCUAGCUGGAAGCAACACUCGAACACAUUGGUGGACUUACUAGACACUCUGUCAAAGUCAACAAAGGGUGCAAAGCCAGAUAUAUGCAUCCAGAGCCAAUGGAGAUUUGAUGAAAGCUCCAAUACAUUGGUUGAAAUCCUGAAACACAGCAAGUCAUAUGAAGGAGCAGUAACCCCUACAGUUCCAGGUGCUGUUGUCUUCAUUGCUGAAGCAAAGAAGACCAGUAACAGUCGCAGUGCGGCCAUUGCCCAAAUGGCCCUUGUCCUACACCCAACACUGAUCAUGCUGAUCAUGCUGUAUCAUCGUGAUCAUGGCUUCAAGUAUAACAUGGACAAAGCCAAGAUUUUGGAAGCAGAAGAGCAAAUCCCUGCGGAAUACUUCAUCCCAAGUGUCUUUUACUCCGAUCAAGAAAUCUCCAUACUGGCAAAUUAUCCCACGAUUGCCACCGAUCAUACACCGCGGGGUAAUAACACUCGCUGGCGCAUGAAAUGCGAAAAUUUGGUCAAGUACGACAUUUCAUCCAGGAUGAAUGAUGCUAAGAAGUUUACCUUCUAUGUGGCAAUGCUGGCUGUGUUCCGCCAUGUCCAGCGGCUCAAGCAGAUCUGGACCAAUCAGGACAAUACCCGCUAUUUCAAGGAGAUACUCGAACACACUGCCAAGAAUGCUCCAAAGAAAGAACCAACUUCCGAGGCUAUAGAAGGCCAGUCGAAGGAAGGCCAAUCAUCAAAGCAGACAGACGGGCCCCGAUCUUCCACACCCGCCUCCGAAGGCGGCUCGAGUGCGAAAGGCUCGGCGGGAGGAUCGAAGGGGAGAGGAAGAAAGAAGGUGACGAUAGCACAGCCCACGAAGUGAGCAUCCUCACGCGAGAUUGUGGACGAACCCGAGUUGUAUAACCACCGAA